GGGAGGGAGGGCUGCCGUGCAGCAGGAACUGUGCAGAUACACACACGGGGAUCCAGGGACAGCAGCCCCCUUGCACUGGGAUCUAGAGCCACAGCACGACAGAGAGAGUUAAAGGAAAACCCUCAUCUAACACAACACAAUGGCAGACAAAAUUAAAGACGCAAAGAUCAUCUUUGUAGUGGGUGGGCCUGGCUCUGGAAAGGGCACCCAGUGUGAAAAGAUAGUUGCAAAGUAUGGUUACACCCACCUGUCAUCUGGGGAUCUGCUCCGUGCUGAGGUGGGCUCUGGCUCUGAGAGGGGCAAGCAGCUCCAGGCCAUCAUGCAGAAGGGAGAGCUUGUUCCCCUGGACACAGUCCUCGACAUGAUUAAGGACGCCAUGAUCGCCAAGGCUGAUGUCUCCAAGGGCUUCCUUAUUGAUGGCUACCCCCGUGAGGUGAAGCAAGGCGAGGAGUUUGAGAAGAAGAUCGGCAAACCCUGCCUGCUGCUGUACGUCGAUGCCAAAGGCGAGACCAUGGUCAAGAGGUUGUUGAAGCGCGGUGAGACAAGCGGCCGCUCUGAUGACAACGAGGAGACGAUCAAGAAGCGUCUGGACUUGUAUUACAAAGCAACUGAGCCAGUCAUCGCUUUCUAUGAGGGCCGUGGCAUCGUCAGGAAAGUGGACUCUGAGCUGCCUGUCGAUGAGGUCUUCGGCCAAGUCUCAAAGGCUAUUGAUGCACUGUAGUAAAACAACGUAACUGGA